GAUUAACAUAAAUCAUAAAUGUUACCAGAAACCAAAGUUAAGCUCGGAAAGCCUUUUUUUUUUUUUUGGCAAUCUAAAUGUUGCUAUAAAAGCAAGAUUUGCCAAGCUACUUUCAUAUUUCAUAAAUUACGAUGGGUUUGACACGGUUAGGAGCCAAAGAACUGCAUGCAGUCUGUGUCCCUUUCCCAGCACAAGGCCAUGUUAACCCCAUGAUGCAAUUAGCCAAGCUUCUGCACUCCAGGGGAUUCCGCAUAACAUUUGUCAACACUGAGUUCAACCACCGACGUUUAAUCCGAUCCAGAGGUUCCGACUCUGUCAAGGGACUACCGGACUUCCAAUUCGAGACCAUACCGGACGGGUUGCCACCUUCAGAGAAAGAUGCAACUCAAGAUGUCCCGGCUUUAUGUGACUCCACUAGGAAAACAUGUCUAGGCCCUUUUAAGGAGCUGGUGAUGAAGAUCAAUUCAUCAUGUGAAGUGCCACAAGUUAGUUGUGUAAUCACAGAUGGUUUGAUGGGAUUCGGGAGGGAAGCUACAGAGGAACUAGGGAUUCCUGUGGUUCAGUUUUGGACUGCUUCUGCUUGUGGCUUCAUGGCGUACCUGCAAUACAGCGAACUUGUUAAACGAGGCAUUGUUCCAUUCAAAGAUGAAAGUUUCAAGCAAGAUGGUACACUCGAUAAGCCAAUUGAUUGGAUCCCAGGCAUGAAGAAUAUGAGGCUCAAGGACAUCCCUAGCUUUAUCAGAGUCACUGAUGUCAACGACAUAAUGUUCGACUUCUUGGGAUCCGAAGCACAAAACUGCUUGAAAUCCUCUGCAAUCAUCCUCAACACGUUUGACGAAUUUGAGCAUGAAGUGUUAGAAGAAAUCUCAGCCAUGUUUCCCAACAUUUACACAAUAGGUCCACUUGCUUUGCUUGGUAGGCACAUGCCUAAAAACAAAUUGGUCAAGUCCCUCAGCUCAGGCUUGUGGAAAGAAGAUGCAAAAUGCCUCGAAUGGCUUGACAAACAGAAACCCGAUUCGGUUGUGUAUGUGAAUUAUGGGAGCAUAACUAUAAUGACAGACCAACAUUUGAAAGAAUUUGCAUGGGGGCUUGCAAAUAGCAAGCACCAUUUUUUGUGGAUUGUUAGGCCGGAUGUGGUAAAAGGGGAUUCGGUUGUCUUGCCCGAAGAAUUUUUCCAGGAGAUUAAGGAUAGGGGUUACAUAGCAAGUUGGUGUCCACAGGAGCAGGUGCUAGCACAUCCAUCAGUCGGGGUUUUUCUAACUCAUUGUGGUUGGAAUUCUACUAUUGAAACUAUAUCAGCGGGUGUGCCUGUAAUUUGCUGGCCUUUCUUUGCUGAGCAACAGACGAAUUGUCGUUUCCUAUGUACCAAUUGGGGAAUUGGUAUGGAGGUAAACAAUGAUGUUAAACGCGAUGAGAUUGAAGUGCUUGUCAAGGAAAUGCUGGAAGGGGAAAAAGGCAUGAAGAUGAGGCGAAAGGCAAAGGAAUGGAAGAAGAAAGCAAUAGCAGCUACUGACACCGGAGGAUCAUCGUACAAUAAUUUUGAAAGACUUAUUAAGGAGGCUCUUCAAUAAAGAACAAGUCCCUUGUGUCUAUGACUAUGCUUUUAUUAUUUUAUUUUCAUGUGUGGCUAGCAUUUUCUUUUAAAGUCAUAUAUGAAUCGGAUCUCAAUUGUUUCUCUAGAUGGGACAACCCUAUAAAUAAGAGCAUCUCCAACGGUGGUGUCAAAAUCCACCGUGGAGCUUCACGGAUACAAAAGACAGCCCUCAUCUCUUGCAACCCAUGAAGAGCGUUGUCCAAGUCUUUAGGGUUUGUUAGUCAGUUGAAUAAAGACCUAGUCCUUAGGAUUAUCUCAUGCUUUGAUUUAGUCUUUGUUUUCUGUUAAAGCACGUGGCUGUGUGUAGCCGAUACGUGAGCAUGUUUUCAGUUUAGUUUGUUAGAGUCUGAGGCUAUAUAAUAGCCAGAGUUGUAGUUGAAUAAUGAUAAGAAGUAUUCAAUCCAGUUUCGUGAGUUUGAGUGUGUUGCAAAGUUCUCAUUCCCAACAAACUGGUAUCAGAGCCCCACUGGGCCUGAGAAUAGAGUAAAAGCCGCAGCUUAGAAAGGGAAACAGAGAAAGAGAGAUAGAUGAGUGAGGAUAAGAGUUUGACAAAGAUCCCUCACUUCGAUGGCGUCCACUAUGACCAUUGGGGUGAACUGAUGGAAAAUUUCCUCAGAUCGAAGGGUUUAUGGAGCCUCAUAGAGAAUUGUUUCGAGGAACCAAGAACGGGAACAGGGUUGAGUAAUGCGCAGCUAGCGUUGUUGGAUAAUGCAAGGACCAAGGAUCACAAGGGGAAGCACUACCUGUACCAGGCCAUCGACAGAGCCACUUUCGAGCAAAAUUUAGACAGACACAACUCCAAGGUUGUAUGGGACUCACCGAAGAAGAAAUUUGGUAGGAAUGCUUGAGUUAAGAGGUCUCUUAUUCAAGCUUUGAGAAGAGACUUUGAGCUGUUGGAGAUGAAGAAAAGCGAGACAAUCACUGAGUAUUUCGCUAGGGUCACAGCUGUGGCAAACAAAAUGAGGAGCAAUGGUGAAACCAUGCCGGAUUCCAAAGUGGUAGAGAAGAUCUGGAGGACGUUAACUGAGAGAUUCACCUAUGUAGUGGAGUCUAUCAAGGAGUCGAAGGACACAGACACCCUCUCAAUUGAUGAGCUGCAGAGUUCACUUGUGGUUCAUGAUUGAAGUUCCACAGGCUGAAUCGAGAAGAAGAAGAUCAGGCCUUAAAGAUUUAAAUAUUAACUCUUAUGUGGCUGUCCACGUUAUUAGUUAGGGAUCUACAUGUAAUAUCUCAAUAGUCUGAACACUUAUCAUGUAAACCGUACCUCUAUAUAAGGGAGGCCUCUGAGACUGAAUAAUACACUUCUCCAU